CGAACCACCGCAGAGGAAAGCCACAAGAGAGGAGGACAGACAGUUGAGAAAAAAAAAGACAAGCAAAUAGAGAAAGAAGGCUGAGAGUGGGAGACAUAGAUAAAGAGAGAGAGAGUGAGAGAGGGAGAUACACAUGCUGAGAAAAUGCCCACUAACUUCACUGUGGUCCCUGUAAAUGACAGCAAGAAGGCAUCCGAGGAAGACACAGAUGACAACAACGAUGUCCUGAAGGAGGAAGAUGAGGAAACUCCAGGAGAUGGAAACCCAAAGGAAAACAGCCCGUUCAUCAAUAACACAGACAAUGACAAAGGCAACCUGUAUGAUGGCAAGAAUAUGGCUCUCUUCGAGGAGGAGAUGGACAGCAAUCCAAUGGUGUCCUCACUGCUCAGUAACCUGGCCAACUACACCAACCUCACCCAGGGCGUUAGGGAGCACGAGGAAGCUGACGAAGAUGAGGGGGCGAAGAAAAAAACUGUUAAGAGUCCACAGAUGGGAACCUUCAUUGGUGUCUACCUGCCCUGCCUGCAGAACAUCCUGGGCGUCAUCCUCUUCCUGAGAAUGACGUGGAUUGUCGGUACCGCUGGCAUCCUGGAGGCCUUUAUCAUCGUGGCUAUGUGCUGCUCUUGUACAUUGUUGACAGCCAUUUCAAUGAGUGCCAUAGCAACAAAUGGUGUUGUUCCAGCUGGAGGUUCCUACUACAUGAUCUCCAGAUCACUGGGCCCUGAGUUUGGUGGAGCCGUGGGACUGUGUUUCUAUCUGGGCACCACAUUUGCUGGUGCAAUGUAUAUACUUGGUACCAUUGAGAUUCUGCUGACAUACAUAGUGCCCAGUGCAGCUAUCUUUAAGGCAGAGGAGAAGGAGUUUGAGGCAGAGGCCAUGCUCAACAACAUGAGGGUGUAUGGAACAUGCUGCCUUACCUUAAUGGCUUUGGUCGUGUUUGUUGGGGUCAAGUACGUCAACAAACUGGCCCUGGUCUUUCUGGCCUGUGUCGUCCUCUCCAUUCUCGCCAUCUAUGCCGGAGUCAUCAAGACCAUCUUCGAACCCCCAGACUUUCCGGUGUGCUUGUUGGGCAAUCGCAGUCUCCAGAACCACGGCUUUGACAAGUGCUUGAAAAACGAGACAGUGGACAACGUGACUGUCACCACUAAGCUGUGGUCCCUGUUUUGUGACAGCGCUGCCCUCAACGCCACCUGUAACGAGUACUUUGAACUGAAUGAUGUCAGAGAGAUCCAGGGCAUUCCAGGCCUCACUAGUGGAGUCAUAUCAGAGAACAUGUGGUCGAGUUACGGACCGGCGGGUAUGCUGGUAGAGAAGGCCAUGCCAUCUGUACCAGCCUCUGACACUUCUCAGGACUUGUACCUGCCAUACGUCGUCAACGACAUCGCUACCUUCUUCACUCUGCUGGUGGGAAUUUACUUCCCCUCUGUCACAGGUAUCAUGGCUGGGUCAAACCGAUCUGGGGACCUGCGUGAUGCCCAGAGGUCUAUUCCUAUUGGAACUAUCCUCGCCAUAGUAACCACUACCAUCAUCUAUCUUUCCUGUGUGGUUUUGUUUGGGGCCUGCAUCGAGGGCAUCGUCCUCCGAGACAAGUUUGGUGAUUCUGUGAAAGGGAACUUGGUGAUUGGUACACUCUCUUGGCCCUCCCCGUGGGUCAUUGUGAUUGGCUCUUUCUUCUCCUGUUGUGGGGCGGGACUUCAGAGUCUCACUGGUGCCCCGAGACUGCUACAGGCCAUCGCCAGAGAUGGCAUAGUGCCAUUCUUACAGGUGUUUGGUCAUGGCAAGGCGAAUGGAGAACCAACCUGGGCCCUGUUACUUACUGCCUGCAUCUGUGAGACUGGCAUUCUCAUCGCCUCUCUCGACUCUGUGGCUCCUAUUCUCUCCAUGUUCUUUCUGAUGUGUUACCUGUUUGUGAACCUGGCCUGUGCUCUCCAGACCCUUCUGCGCACCCCUAACUGGAGACCACGUUUCAAAUACUACCACUGGACGCUGUCUUUCCUGGGCAUGAGUCUGUGUCUGUCCCUCAUGUUCAUCUCCUCCUGGUACUACGCUCUGGUGGCCAUGCUCAUCGCUGGCUGCAUCUACAAAUACAUUGAGUACAGAGGGGCAGAGAAGGAAUGGGGAGACGGCAUCCGUGGCCUGUCUCUCAACGCUGCUCGUUUUGCUCUUCUCCGUCUGGAGGAGGCUCCGCCUCACACCAAAAACUGGAGACCUCAGCUGCUGGUACUGCUCAACCUAGACACAGAUCUGAGUGUGAAACAUCCACGCCUCCUAUCUUUCACCACGCAGCUGAAAGCAGGCAAAGGUUUGACCAUCGUAGGCUCUGUGCUGGAGGGCACCUAUCUGUCCAAGGAGAGUGAGGCUAAAACUGCAGAGCAGAACGUCAAGUCAGCCAUGGCUACAGAGAAAACCAAAGGUUUCUGUCACGUUGUGGUGUCGUCCAACCUGCGUGAUGGCCUUUCCCACCUCAUCCAGUCAGCAGGACUGGGAGGCAUGAAACACAAUGCUGUCCUAAUGGCCUGGCCAGGCUCCUGGAAACAAUCAAAUGACCCACAAUACUGGCAGAAUUUCAUUGAGACAGUCAGGGAGACCACAGCAGCCCAUCAGGCCUUGCUGGUGGCUAAGAACGUGGACAGUUUCCCCCAUCAGGAGAGACUGGCAGAGGGGACCAUAGAUGUGUGGUGGAUCGUACAUGAUGGAGGUCUACUCAUGCUGCUGCCUUUCCUUCUCCGCCAGCACAAGGUGUGGAGAAAGUGUAAGAUGCGUAUCUUCACUGUGGCUCAGAUGGAUGAUAACAGUAUCCAGAUGAAGAAAGACCUGCAGAUGUUCCUUUACCACCUGCGCCUGGAUGCUGAGGUGGAGGUCGUGGAAAUGCACGACAGUGAUAUUUCAGCCUUCACUUAUGAGAAAACCUUGGUGAUGGAGCAGCGGUCGCAGAUGCUGAAACAGAUGCAGCUGUCGAGGACAGAGCGAGAGAGAGAGAUUCAGAGCAUCACAGACGAGUCUCGUAGCUCCAUUCGGAGGAAGAAUCAGAGCAGAGAUCAGGGCUCAGGCUCCGGUAACCAGGGCGCCCAGCUGGAUGACUCCAAGGACGACGAGGCCCAGCUCAUUCAUGAUAGGAACACUGCCUCCCAUGCUGCAAUGAACGAGAAGGGGGAUGCCACGCCUGACCGGGUCCAUAUGACCUGGACAAAAGAGAAGCUUUUCACCGAACGCAACCGUAACCGUGAACCUAACGCCAGCGUUGGCGUUCGUGACCUAUUCAACAUGAAACCAGAGUGGGAGAGUCUGAACCAGUCGAACGUUCGCCGUAUGCACACUGCAGUCAAGCUGAAUGAGGUCGUUGUCAACAAGUCCCAGGGAGCACAUCUGGUCCUUCUUAAUAUGCCUGGACCACCAAAGAACAGGAACGGAGACGAAAACUAUAUGGAAUUCCUUGAGGUUCUGAUGGAGGGUCUCAACAGAGUCCUGCUGGUGCGUGGUGGCGGCCGUGAAGUUAUUACCAUCUAUUCCUAAACUAACCCCCUGCCAUAUGCAGCACCCCCCUGACCAGGAAUCCUUUGUCACGGCAACACCGUCGGGCAUUGUGGGAGAAACCAGCGGUGGGAUUUUGUCAGUGGCAUUUUACGGCUAGCUGCAAUUUUUUUUUCUUUGUUUUUGGGAGAGAGAGAGAGUGAAAGACAGUGGGUUUUGGCCUCUUCUAAAGAGGUACCUGGGAACAUGUCUGACAACGAAGAGAAAAGAGACAGGAUGUGAGGUCAUCACAGUCUUGAAUGACAUAGGAGGAGUGUUACAGCCCUUUAAUUUAUACACACUGACUUGACUUCUCCUUUUGUCUUUUUGAAUAUCCUGGAUUAUCUCCGAAAUCCGCGUUCAGUUUUUUUUUUUUCGUUGUUUUUAUUUUAUUUUAUUUUGUUUUGUUUUUGUUGGGUUUUUUUUUUGCUUUUUUCAUUGUCUGUCAGUGAUAUAUGUGUGUGUAAUAUCAGUGAGAUUGUCUGUGUUACUAUGUGUACAAACCUAAUCUCUUGUUGAUUGUUCUUUCGCUUUAUUAAGUUUUAUGAAGGAAUUGAAGACUGGACUUCUGACGCACAAUCUGUCAGCUACAGUACAACCGAUGAAAAAAAAAUACAAUACAAAUUAUAGUUUGUUUAACACUCAACUCUUUUUUCUUCACAUUCUAUCCUCAGAUAAUACUGUCUCUGUUCCAUUUAUAUUUGUACAGACUGUCGUGACAUGACCUGCUUUUGUGUAAUUGUGUCUCGUAAGCAAAACCAAGAGCGUUGUCUUGUUAACAUGUUUUCUGAUAUGCUUACAAACUGUCUUAGCAUCUGUUUUAAAUGGCUAGAUUCCAUCUCAAUCAAAUGGCGCAACUUGCCAUGGUUAAUUCUGAUACUCAAUGAAUAGGUGCCAGGAAAUCGCACAUAAACAGUUGAGAAAGGCCUCUAAUGGUCACAGAAGCUUUUAACAUUGUAGAUUUGUGAGUUAGAAAUCAAUCUACCACAGUACAUCAUAUCAGAUUACAGAAGAACCACGGUUGGAUUAUUGAGUUAUUAGUGUAGUGAUUUUUUUUCCUUCCUUGUGAACUCUGAUUGUGUUGGCCUAAGUAGAGGUUCAACUCUGAAAUGCUUUAAAAGUGUUUGUGGGGGGGAAAGGGAUGAAAGUUAAGGGGAUAUGGUAUAUAGGGCAUAUUUGAUUGGAAAUGUGCAAUAGUCGUGUUCUUUCUGUGUAUGACAAACAUAUCACUAUGCACACGGUGAGAGUUUGACUAAAGGUCAUGUUUGACAGACUGUUUUAACCAUUGAAAGACCAGCACUGAUUUUGGGAAAAUAGCCAUAUGUUUGUUUAAUUUUGUUUUGUUUUUUUGUUUUUUUGACAAUCUUCAAUCUACAUUUGAUGAGUCAAUUUGUCAUUCAGUUACUACAAAAGCUUCAGGUGAUUUUUGACAAAUGUAUGAAUCGCUAGAUUCUCUUCUGAUAUGCUCAGUUUCAGCAACACUCGUUGUUAACCUGAUUGACCAAAGCUGAUCAUUUCCCCACAACAAUAUCAAAAGUGUCAGAUCACUCAAUAUCACUCCCUGACCUGGGAACAGUUUUAUUUAUGUACGUUUAUCCCAGGAUUGUACCAAAUACCUAUGGGGGAAUAAGAGUGAUUGGGAUGAAUGGGGUCCACCGAUGAAUCUUUGUGUAGGCUUUGAAAACCACCAGAGGGAAGAAUAAUUUGGUUUACCUUUCUGAAACCAACCGAGUUUUUUGGUGUUAAAAUAAUCUCCAAAGGUUCAGCACACUGGCCCUCAGAGAUUAUUGAGUCUUUAGUCGCAGCAACCAAAAUGUCUUUCCUUAUACUUACCUUCAGCGACACUUUCGUUCAGACAUUAAAAGGUGUCAGACAUAUGAGGAGCAGCUCUGCUAAAAGUGAAACACGAAGAGACCAUUAAAGUGUGUGUCUCAACCAUCGUAAAGCACAAAAAAAAGAGAAAACAACAGUACAGCUGCUUGAAAUUAUGAAGACACAGUCACAGUAGUGCAAGCACACCAUGUGAGUUUACUGAGUAUUUCUCUGUUCAACACUUCUAACUAAAAGUUCAUGCACAAGGGGGGGAAUUUUAAAAUGCUUGUUUUCAGUUACUGGAACAACAAAUCUAUUUUGAGAUUAGAUGUCACUGUUUCUGGUUGUGUUCUUUAUAAUGACAUUUUCAAUGUUACAUAAAGUAUUUGUAGGUUUUUAAAUCCUUAAUUUAGCUGAUUAUUUUUUGGAUUUGUAUAUUAGGACGACGUGUGCCAAAAAAUAAAAGGAAACUGUGUAACUUUAUUAUAUAUUUGUGUGGCAAUUCAGAACAGACAUGGCAACAUUAUGACAAACAAACAAACAAAAUGUUUGUGGAAAUCUGUUUCAGAUCACUCAUGCAGAAUAACCGGAAGGACCAAAUUCACUGCCUGAAUUGGUUUUAAGUUUUUGUAGUUUAAUACUGAGACUUAAUUAAAAAAACACCAUAUACUGUGUGUGUGUGUAUAUAUAUAUGUAUAUAUCCACAUCAGCAUUGAAUAGAGAGAUUAGUGAAGUCUCGUUUUCAUCUCCCUGAAACAGUUGUCUGCAUUUGACUGAUCACUGCCCAAUUAGAUACAGAGGCAUAGAGACAUACUGUAUGGGAACUGACAGAAAGGGAUACGUUAUCUCAUGCACUGUGUCUCAUUCUUUGGGGCUUUAUGUUAGCACUGCAGUAUUUUAUACUGUGGGGGGGGUAACAGUGAUUAACAGUGAUUAAUGAAGUUGAUAUCAUAGAAUUUGGCAUCAAUAUCCAUAUCUGGUACAUUUUCUUCUUGUUCUAUUCUCUGCACUUCACAGCUGUGUUACUCUAAAGUGUUCAUUUAAAAAUUAGAUUUUCUUUUUCCUUUGUAAUUUUUGAGUGAGUAUAUAUUGGCAAGCAUUGUAUGAAAGAAGAGGCUAUUUAAUUUCAUUUUUCUUUUUUUUGCCUUUAAACCAAGGACAAUAAAAUUAAGACUCAA